AUGGCUAUCGUUAUAAAUAAAAGAAACGUGAGAGUUUUGGUCAUAACUAAUUUAUUAGUGAUCGUUGUGUUUUUGGUGUUAAGGAAUUCGAAUGCUAACGUCAACGAAAGUAUUACUACUCACCAUCCUGAUUCAUUGGUGACGUUUGACAAUUCAGGAAAUGCACCUGGUACUCACCAACCUGUCCAUGAUACAGUAAAUACACAAGAUAAGGAGGCCGAAGAAGUUGAUAAAAAUAGUGAGGACGCUGAAUUUGAUGCCGCUGCAGAAUACAACAAAAUAAUGGAACAGUCACCCAUGAUUGUAUUUAGCAAGACUGGCUGCCCAUAUAGCAAAAAACUGAAAGCUUUGUUGACUAAUUCGUACACGUUUUCUCCAUCUUACCACGUUGUAGAAUUGGAUAGGCACGAACACACAAAAGAACUACAAGACCACAUUGAAAAAGUCACUGGUAGGAGAACAGUCCCAAACGUUAUCAUCGGUGGUACUUCCAGAGGUGGUUAUACUGAGAUAGCAGAGUUACAUAAAAAUGAUGAACUUCUAGAUUCUUUCAAAAAAUGGAGCGAUGGGGCGUUUACUGUAAAAGCUAAUUCGCAAUCUGAGAGUGCCUAG